GCUGCCUUCAACCAAUUGGACGCGCAACGUGGCUAAAGACGCCGAAAGAAGCCUUUUCACGAUGCGCGAGUUCCCGCAGCCAUUGACGCUAUACAUAAUACCAUCUACGACAGUGCUCUCCCCCUGGCUGACAUCCCCGAGGCGAAUACUCGCUUGUGCCUUUAUUCCAGCGUGCGGUAGCGAUGAUUACAGAUACUGACAGUCCCGUUUGUCCCCCUCGAGUGUUUUAUCCGGAUGAUGGGUUCAGUCGAUUUUUGGCUUACUGCGUAGCUGAACACCUUCGGAGGGUUGCUUCUACAGGGUGUCUUCAUAUUGAUGCCAUUAUGGUUUCCAUUCAUUUCGGCACAUGUGCAGAUGGUGUCCAGUUUCAUGCAAGUGCGUCCGUUCCUGAUUUUCUCUCUCUCUGUGUCUGCACACUGGCCUUCUACUAUGAGAUUUGCAUUCUAUCAGUACUGUUAAAUAUUCCUGUAAAAGCUUAUUGCUAUCUUCCUUCCAUCUGUAAAACUGUUCAUCUGGACAUAUAGAAUCUCACGUGAAAUUUUAGGAAGUGCCUACUCUUGUGAGCCUUGAGCCAGCUUUAAGCCUGGGGCUUGCGGGAUGCUUGUGUACCAACGAGAUAGUCGUUGUUCCU